AUGAGCGACGAGAAAGAAGCUAUUGUUGAAAGGAGAAUCAGGCCAUUGGAUAAAACAGUUGUGAACAGAAUAGCAGCUGGUGAAGUUAUCAUAGCCCCUUCAAAUGCCCUCAAGGAAAUACUAGAAAAUUCAAUAGAUGCAAAAAGCACUGCCAUCGAGAUUUCAAUAAAGGAUGGAGGGCUCAAAUUACUACAAAUAACAGAUGAUGGAUCCGGUAUAAAUAAGGAUGAUCUUCCUCUUUUAUGUGAGAGAUUUGCCACAUCAAAGCUUACGAAGUUUGAAGAUCUUCAAUCCAUCAGUACAUACGGCUUUCGUGGAGAAGCACUUGCCAGUAUUUCACAUAUAUCACAUCUCUCUGUGGUUACUAAGACUAGUAGCGAUGAGUGUGCAUGGAAAUGUUACUAUUUAGACGGAAAACUUGCCCCCCCACCAACCGGGGGAAGUAGUGAGCCAAGAGCCGUCGCCGGAAGAGAUGGAACAUCCAUUAUAGUAGAAGAUCUAUUUUAUAAUGUUCCAUCGAGAUUGCGCACAUUAAGGUCACAAAGUGAGGAAUAUGCGAGAAUUGUUGAAGUCACAAGUAGCUAUGCUAUUCACACUUUGAAUGUUGGAUUCAGCUGCAAGAAGCAAGGAACAAAUAAAAUGGAUCUUGUUAUUCGUAGCAGCAUGUCGCAAAAGACAGAAUCAGAAGCAUUUAUGGUUCAGGCGGAGGUCAGAUUUUUAAAUGAAGAGGAAAUUAUAGGCCGGAUAACAUCUGCUAUCGAAGAGAAACUUUCGAGUUUGGAUACGUCCAGAACAUUCUUAACGCAGCAAGUUAUUAGCACGUCUCAGCAGGUGAAGGAAAAGCAGACGCACAAAUUGGAGUUGCAGCAACCAGAGAUUGAGGUUAAAAAGCCUAAGUUGCGUUCCGUCUCCUCGAUAAAAGCUUUCAAAAGACCUUAUGAGAAAGACAUGGUUCGUACUGACUUCAAUCAAUCAACGCUAUCGUCGUUUGUAAGUAGUACAUAUGACUCUGAUAAGAGUAAUGUCGGCGAAUCAUCAUUUACGGUUGAACCUACAGGUAAUUCAGAGGAAGGCAAUGUGGAUUCGAUUUCACCAAGAGAAGAAAGAAAUGCAAAUAGGGAAGAAAUUUCACACAUCACACCUACAAUUGUUAAUCUAGAUAGCAUUAAAGCUUUGAGGAAGGAGGUGAAGGAAGAGGCAAAUGCCGAACUGACAGAAUUGUUUAGUAAGCACACAUACGUUGGAGUUGCUGAUUAUUCCAAAAGAUUGAUGUGUUUACAAUACGAUGUAAGGCUUUACUUGAUGGAUUAUGCGUCAGUUUGCAAUGAAUUUUUCUACCAGGUUGGACUUUCUGAUUUUAGCAACUUUGGGAGGAUACGAUUUACAAAUCCCGUUGACAUUAGAGAGCUACUUAAAACCGAGAUAUACGAUAAUGCUGAAUUGAUGGAGAAGUAUUAUCAAGACGCACCAAAGCUUGAUGAUUUAAUAAAUACCGUUUUUAUUGAAAUGUCUGAGAUGCUAAAUGAAUAUUUUUCAAUAGAAAUUGAUAAGACUAAUAAGGAAUACCCGAAAUUAAAAACAUUACCUAUGCUCAUGCAGAAUUACAUUCCCAGCUUCAACAAGCUCAGCUUAUUUCUUUUUAAGAUAGGUACCAAGGUAAAUUGGGAAAACGAGCAGGACUGUUUAGGAGGCGUUCUAAGGCAAUUGGCUUUAUUCUACAUUCCAGAACCUCUUGAUAAUGAUGAUCCAAACGAGAAAGAAGAUAGAGAGAAGACCAGUUACACACUAGAAAAUAUUAUAUUUCCAUCAAUUAAGAAACGAUUUAUAGCAACGGAAAAUUUGGUGAGGAUGUAG